UAUUCCUUCUAUUAUCAUCCCUCUCUAUACUUAUCGCAUUGUUAAAAAUUAUUCUAGCAUAAACACGUGUAUAUAUUCGAGAUGUUUACCGACACACUUCAUUUAUUUAUCAUAACUCACAGGUAACACAAAAUGCAACUACGAAAUAAGUUUCCAAAUAAUAAAGCAAAGUACGUGACAUAAACCACAAUUCAAGAAGUUGAAAUACAUACAGUGAAAGUAGAUUUCACAUUUCCGUUUUGGAUAAUCGUUAAAUCAGCAUACAGUGCUUAUGAUCGAAACUGACGAACAUCAUUGCAACAAGGCGAUAUUUGGGGCAUCCAUAACAGAAUGAUUAUACAAUAACGUUACACCAGUAACCUCGAUUUAUCGCUCUAUAGAAUUAUUGAACCGAUUUCAUACAAGUGUAAUUGAUGACAUUUUACUAACUCUACGAAAGAAAAUAAUGUUAACGUUAAUAGUACUGUUGUGGUUAAGCGCAUUUCUUGUAUUUUGGAUAUUGUCCAUUCCGAUAAGUCGAUUAUUAUCAACUAUAUGGAAAACGAUAUUUCCUUUGAUCAACUCCACACCAAUCGAUUUUCGUACGAAGUUUGGCGAAUGGGCCGUGGUAACUGGUUCAACUGAUGGCAUUGGAAAAGCAUACGCUAAAGAAUUAGCCACGAGGCACAUUAAUUUAAUUUUAAUAAGCAGAAGUUUGGUAAAAUUAGAAAAAACUAGGAGUGAACUGUUAAACAUUAACCCUAACAUUAUAGUAAAAAUCAUAGAGGCAGACUUUAGCAAGGGUAAACCGAUCUUUGAAAAAAUCCGGGCUCAAUUAAACGUACCAAUUGGAAUACUGGUAAACAACGUUGGCAAAAUGUACAAGUAUCCCAUGUAUCUUGACGAAGUUCCGGAAGAUGAGUUAUGGGAACUGAUAAUGAUUAAUGUCGGAGCUGCCACAAUGAUGACACGAUUAAUUAUUGAACAAAUGAAACAACGUGGAAAAGGUGCUAUAGUAAAUAUAUCUUCUGGAUCGGAACAUCAACCGCUUCCAUUAAUGACUGUUUAUGCUGCUACGAAAACUUAUUUAAAAAGUUUUUCCGAUGCUAUUAGAAAGGAAUAUUCGCACUUUGGUAUUACGAUUCAACACUUGGUACCACUCUUUAUUAAUACUAAAAUGAAUUCAUUCUCCCCUUCUCUUCAGGUAUCCAGCCUUUUUGUUCCUAAUGCAACGACUUAUGCUAAGAAUGCAAUAGCAACGCUUGGUAAGGUGGACACGAGCAGUGGAUAUUGGGCUCAUGGAAUUCAAACUUUUAUAAUUCUAAUCGCACCCAUGUCGCUCAGGGUUAAGAUUGGUUACUUAUUAAUUAACAAGUAUCGACAAGAUUAUUUUAAAUACAUCAAAGAUAAAUAAUGCGAGAUGAAUAAGUAAUAAUAUAUUACGUAAAAAAAUAGUUACUACUAGUUGUUUCAUUAAAAUCGAAUUUUAAUCCUUAUGAUUAUAACUAAAUUAUAAAUAACGAGAUAUCAAGGUCAUCGUUUUUUUUUUUUAAUGAAAUUACAUAUUUAUACUAGAAUAUUCUUAUAACUUAUAAAGAAACGAAUCCAAUGAUGUAUAAUACAAUAUGUUAACCUCCUAUCAACUUUUAUUGAGAAAAUUGUGAAAUUACCGUCCUCCGAACGCAUACUAAUGUUCCUAACAUACAUUAUAUCUCAAAAAACACAUAUCUCGAAAAAAAAUAAUCUUGAAAAAUAAAUUCGACUCAUCACUA